CUCAAUUUACGAAGCAAUUGGCCACCAAAUCUAUUCCUCUUUCUGGCAGCUCUAUCCCCUUCAUCUCUGCUUCUCCUUGACCCGAGACCCGGCCGCCCAGCUUGAAAAUGGCUGCAAAAUAUAUAAUUGGUUCUGUUGCUGCAUCUUUUGCCAUUGCUUAUGCAUUCGAUAAUCUUGUUGCCGAUCAGAAGAUUUUUGGAGGGACUACACCUCACACUGUUUCAAACAAGGAAUGGUGGGAAGAAACUGACAAGAAAUUUCAGGCAUGGCCACGCACUGCUGGUCCACCUGUGGUGAUGAACCCCAUCAGCCGCCAGAAUUUCAUUGUUAAGCCGGGAUCCGAAUCUGGAAGACCUAAUGUAUGCUUUUCUUUUGUCAAAGUUUAAGUUUCGAUUCACUGUGAAAAGUUGUGGUCUUGAGACUUUACAGUAGUUGUUAGUUUGGAAAUUUGUCUGCUUUUUCUUGUGUCGAAACUCGAUCUGAUCAGAGGAUCGUUUGAUGACGAUGUCAAUCGUACUAGAUAUCAAUAAAUAUGUGAAGCAUACCAAACUGUUUUUUUUUUC